AUGCGGCUGCUAUAUUGUUUAGCAGCCGUUAUUUGCUGCAUUCCGGUAAUGAUUCAGGCAUGGAAUAUUUUCACAUUUUUCUCUACAAAACAGGAAAAAAAUCAAAUAAGUUUAUAUCCGGGCUCACCAUUGGAAACUGAUCCAUCACUGCUUAGGAGUAGACGGCAAGCUUAUCAAGUGUAUCAGGGAAGUGAUACAUCAAUUACGAUGGAUAAAACAGGACGUGUUGAAAGUGGACCAUGGGGUCCUUGGACACUUGAGAAACAAUGCUCUAAAACAUGCGGUGGUGGAGUACAAAUGGAGCGAAGAACUUGCAAGUAUGAUACUUUUCUUGUGAUAUGUAUCUGUAUUGAAUAUGAUGCUAAAAAUGGUGAAUGCACCGGACCAUCAAUACGCUAUAUAUCUUGUAAUAUCGAAGAAUGUAUCGGUAAUGUUAAAGAUUUUCGGGCUAUUCAAUGUUCGGAAUACGAUGAUACACCAUUAGAUGGUAACUACUACAAAUGGUUACCGUAUCCAGGAAAGAAUAAAUGCGAGUUAACCUGCAAACCACAUAAUGCUAAUUUCUACUAUAAAUGGGCUGAUAAAGUAAUAGAUGGUACAAGAUGUGAUUAUCGUACCAAUGAUAUUUGUGUGGAAGGAGUUUGCUUACCAGUUGGAUGUGAUAAUAAACUUGGAUCAGCAAUGAAAAAUGAUAAAUGUGGUAAAUGUGGUGGUGAUGGAUCACUAUGUAAAACUGUUGAAGGAUAUUUCGAUGAACGUAAUUUAUCACCCGGUUAUCAUAACAUUAUUCGAUUACCAGUUGGUGCUACGUCAAUUUUGGUAGAGGAAUUGCAUUCAACAACUAAUUCACUCGCAAUAAAGAAUACAACGGAUUAUUAUUACCUUAAUGGCAAUUAUCAAAUUCAAUUAACUGAUAAGGAUUUGGAAAUUGGUGGAACAUUGUUCGAAUAUGACACACGGAAAAAUUUAGAUCAUCCAUUUGAAAAAUUAACCGCUAAAGGACCAACUACAGAAGAACUUAUCAUCGCGUUGCUUUUUCAACGUGGAAAUAGAGAUGGUGCUAUUAAAUAUGAAUUUUCGGUACCAUUAGAGGAUGAAAUUCCAUAUAUCUAUAAACUUGACCAAUGGUCAUCUUGUUCGGCAACAUGUGGAAAAGGUAUUCAAAUUCGUACACCAUAUUGUAUUGAGAAUACAUCCGGAAAACGUGUAUCAGAUGAUAUUUGCGAAGAACAUAAUGUCACCAAACCUAUUUCUGAGAAAGUUUGCGAAACAAUUGAUUGUGAAGCAGAAUGGUAUAAAGGAGAAUGGGAACCAUGUAGUGUGUCAUGUGGAGAAAAUGGUAUUCAAUAUCGUGUCAUCUACUGUCAUCAGGUAUUUCUGGACGGUAAACGGAUUACUAUUGAUGAUGAUAACUGUAGUAUGGAACGUCCCGCGAUACAACGACCUUGUAACAGAUUUUCGUGUCCGGAAUGGCAAGCAGGACCGUGGAGUGCAUGCUCGGAAAAAUGCGGUGAUGCAUUCCAGUAUCGUUCGGUAACAUGUAGAAGUGCAAAAGAAGGUGAAGAGGGUAAAUUACUACCAGCUGAAGCAUGCGAUGGUGAAACUAUGGAAACACAACGAAAUUGUAAUUUGGGUCCUUGUCAAGGGCUUAAUUUCGUCACAACUGAAUGGAAAUUGUGUGAACAAUGCAAUGAUACGGAAGAAAUUAGAAAUGUAACAUGUGAAGAUAUUAAUGGCCGAUUAUAUCCGUUGGAGAAAUGCUUGAAUGGAAAUUCUACUGAGAUACCCAUUGAUGUACGGCCAUGUUCUUCACCACAGCCAUGCAAUUAUGAAUGGCAUACAUCAGAAUGGUCAAAAUGUAGUACGGAAUGUGGUCAUGGACAUAAUUCAAGACGAGUAGUAUGCGCUAUCCAUCAAUUAGGCUGCCUUACAGUAGUAGAUGAUGGACACUGUAAUUUAGAGAAUAAACCAGAAGCAAUUAAAAAUUGUACGAAUGAAGAGAAGUGUAAUGGAACAUAUUAUACAGGUCCAUGGAGUAAAUGUUCAGCCGAAUGUGGUGGCGGAACGCAAAAUCGAAUGAUUGUUUGUCUAAAUUACGAUCAGAAACCUGUUCCGGAAUGGUGUGAUGAAGCGGAAAAACCAUCAGAAGAACAAGAUUGUAACGUAGAAGCUUGUCCAAAAUGCGAUGAUAGUGAAUUUGGAUGCUGUCCGGAUAACGUAACGAUGGCAAUUGGGCCAUAUCUAGCCGGAUGUUCAAACUGUUCCAGUUCUCUAUUUGGCUGCUGUAAUGACAAUGUAACCGAAGCACAGAGCAUUACUGGAGAAGGAUGUGCUGAAUUUGUUGAGAUGGAGGGAAGUGGCGAGGGAAUCGAACAUUCCAUCAAAUCUAUUGAGGACGAACUUUGUGAAGUAGUAAAUGAAAAAACUGGUGAGAAAGCAAUGGUUGCUUGCUGGAAUGGUACCAUCGAUAAUACUAGUACCAUUGAAAAAUUGUUGUUAGAAGUUGAAGAUUUAUUUUUCAAUGCUACUUAUGAUAAUGAGACAAAACACUGCACUAAAACAGAAUUUGGUUGCUGUCCAGAUUGGACAACUAUCGCUGAAGGGAAAAACAACGAAGGGUGUCCACAAUUCGUGCUUGGUGUAUGCAAUGAAACAAAAUUUGGUUGUUGCCCGGAUGAAGUAACUUUGGCUCGAGGUUCAAAUUUUGAAGGUUGCGGUGAGCCAACUUGUGCAGCAUCAUUGUAUGGUUGCUGCAAAGAUCGCAAAACGAUCGCUUUUGGACCACAUUAUUUUGGAUGCGAACGAUCGUCAUUUCCAUGUGAAUUGUCCACAUACGGUUGUUGUCCGGAUGGUGAAACGGCAGCAUUAGGGAAGAAUGGUAGCGGUUGCGGUGAAAAUUGUUUAACGACCAAAUUUGGCUGUUGUCCAGAUGGUAAAACAACUGCGAAAGGAGUAGACAAUAAAGGAUGUGGUUGCAAAUAUGCACAAUACGGUUGUUGUCCGGAUGGUAAGACAACAGCAAAAGGUCUUAAAAAUUACGGUUGCCCUAUAUCAUGUGCUCAGAGUCAAUAUGGUUGUUGCCCGGAUGGUAAAACAAGCGCUCAUGGACUAAACAAAGAGGGUUGUCCAUGCCAAUACACUCAGUACGGAUGUUGUCCGGAUGGUGAAACGACCGCUCUUGGUCCGAUGAAUGAAGGAUGUGAUGAUUGUCGAUAUGCGAAGUAUGGUUGCUGUCCUGAUAGUGAAAUUCGAGCUAUCGGCCUUCAAUAUGCUGGAUGUCCAUCUACUACACCGGCACCUUUCAUUAUAGGCGGUUCUAUUGCACCAGAAAAAAUCAUUUCAUGUUCGUUGUCACAAGAUCAGGGUACAAUAUGUCAUCCAGGUUAUAAAUUACUGUGGUACUAUGAUACUGGCGAAGGUCGUUGUAAGCAAUUUUGGUAUGGCGGUUGUGAUGGUAAUGAAAAUCGUUUUGCAACAAAAGAACAAUGCGAAGCAGUUUGUGUAAAACCACCAGGGACAGGUCGUUGUUUCCUACCUAAAGUAGAAGGACCAUUACGAUGCAAUCAGUUAUCAGCCCGUUAUUGGUAUGAUUAUACAACCAAACAAUGCGGCGCUUUCUGGUGGCGUGGUUGUUUGGGAAAUGAUAAUAAUUUUGAAAAUUGGGAAGAAUGUCAAAAUUUUUGCGCUGAUAUCGGUCCAAUCAAAAAGUCAAAAAAUGCAUCAUCACGAUUAAAGACAAUUCAGAUCGACGAAUUUAUGACAAGUGUUUCACCACUUGAAUAUUCACGUUUUGAUGUUUCCAACGAAUUCGCGGAUGGUGAUGAUACACUUAUUUCAAUUGAACAAAAAACUUCCAUACCUCAUCAACAACCGCUUCCAGUAUUUAUUCCAAAUGAUCGUCAAUUAGGCUUAUCACAAGAAUCCUUGCAAGUACCAUUACCACAACCACACCAACCAUCACCAAUACCUCAAAAACAACUAACCACUGAAGAAGUAUGUCAAUCAACCGCUGAUAGUGGACCAUGUGGUAAUUAUGUGGAUAUGUACUAUUAUGAUUCAUUCACCGAUAGAUGUCAUCUAUUCAUUUACGGUGGAUGUGGUGGUAAUUUGAAUAGAUUUAAAACACAAGAAGAAUGCGAAGCGCGCUGUUCACAUGUUGGAGCUAGUAGAAGAAAUUUUGGUCGAACUCAGUCACUUCCAACAGCGCAACAAAAUGAAUUAAUACCUGUCGCAUUACCGAAAUCAGGCUCAUUUGAUGUCCCAACAAUGCGUCGAUCACGUGAUGCUUGCAAUGAACGAAUGGAUGUUGGUCGAUGUAAUGGUGCUUUUCAAAGUUAUUACUUUGAACGUGCAACAGGUACCUGUGAGCCAUUCCGUUAUUCUGGAUGUGGUGGUAAUGCUAAUCGUUUUCAAACUAAGGAGCAAUGUGAAGAUUUAUGUGUGCAUCGUGCAUCCGGUGUUAAAUCUGGAACACAUCCAUCUUUUAUUCCUGAUCAAGCACUCAAACAUCUUAUACCAAUAUCAGAUGCUUCUCAUAAAGUCGAGUCAGUAUCAAAAUGUGAACUCUCGAAGGAUACUGGUCCAUGUAAUCGAUUUGUUACAAAAUGGUACUAUAAUAAAAUUGAUGGUACUUGUACACGAUUUCAUUAUGGUGGCUGUGGUGGUACUGAUAAUCGUUUUGAUAGCGAACAGCAAUGCAAGAAUGAAUGCGGUAACUUCACUGAUCCAUGCAAAUUACCAAAAGUAAAUGGGCCAUGCUCUGGAAAACAUAAACGAUACUACUUCAAUUCCGAUACCGGUCGAUGUGAACGUUUCGAAUAUGGUGGAUGUUUAGGCAAUACCAAUAAUUUCCUACAUCUUGCUGAUUGUGAAGCAAAAUGUUUAUCAUCCGAAAAACAUUUCAAUUGGGAAAAUUUAUUAACAACAAGACGAUGUUCGUUACCUAAAAUUAGUGAGUCAUGUAGACCAAUUGUAAAACGAUAUUAUUAUGAUGAAUCACUCGGUGAAUGUUUACCAUUUUUUUAUGGCAAUUGUAUCGGAAAUGAAAACGGUUUCGAUAGUAUAAAUGAUUGCAUAGAUAAUUGUACUAUGCAUUCAAAUAUUCAGGAUUUUGAAACGAAUGUUAUAUCAUUUGAUGGACACGUUAAUCGUUUCCAGAAAAAUAUCCGUCAUAACGUUUACGGUGCGCCAAAUGUUCACGUAGAGAAUGGAAAUCAUCUGAGUGAUAAUUUCGAAAAAUUUUCAAUACCUGAAACGAGUAGCACCAAAUCGAUUGCUACUACUACAUCUGCAGAAAAGGCGAUAAUGGAAUUUGAUCAGGUGUAUGAUAAUGAAGAAAAAGUAAUAAUGGUUGAUACUGUUGAAGGACUUGAGAAUGAAUCUUUCUUCUCUUUACCAGAGCUAUGUUUGCUACCGCAAGAUGCGGGGCCUUGCUUUGGUGAAAUUUUGCGAUGGCGAUAUGAUUCCGAAACAAAUCGUUGUGAAACUUUCAUCUACACUGGUUGUGGACAUAAUGCAAAUUACUUCACUUCGGAAGAAGCCUGUUUAAGAGCUUGUGGAGAAUAUCGAAAUAGCGACGUAUGUACGAUGAAAGUGGAUCGUGGUCAAUGUGAAUUAGGUAUAACCAAAUGGUAUUACAAUGUGGAUACUGGGCAAUGUCAUGUAUUCAUUUAUACUGGUUGUGGUGGUAAUGGUAAUCGAUUCUCUUCAAAGGCUGAAUGCGAACAUCUCUGCACUUCUGAGAUACUUUUUUACACCGGAAAUGAUGAUGAGAAAGAUAUUUGUCAGUUAGAUCGAGAAAGUGGUCCAUGUGCUGAUCCAGUAACACAAUGGUAUUUUGACUCACGCAUCUCACGAUGUAUGCAAUUUACAUAUGGUGGUUGUCGCGGUAAUGGUAACCGAUUUAAUAAUCAGGAACUUUGUGAGCAAAGAUGCUUAGAGAAAAAUAAAAUGAAAGGAAUAAUUGAUCGAACAGAAGACAGCUGUUUAUUGCCAUUGGAAAUUGGAUCAUGUCAAGAUAAUCAGCAACGAUGGUAUUUUGAUAAAUCUGUUGGAUAUUGCAAGACAUUCAUGUACAGCGGUUGUGAAGGCAAUCAGAAUCGGUUUUUCAAUGAAGAUGAGUGUAUCCACCACUGCUCUGUUUACCUGUAUAAGAGACAAUUGAAAGUAAGUCGUCCAAAGCUUAUCCUUUUUGGUUAUAAUCCGGCACCUAUAGGAUCGACAAUAACAUUAAGAUGUAAAGCUAAUGGACAGUUUCCUAUACAGUGGCAUGAAAACGGCAUGUUACUUCAAAUUCCAAACGAUGACCAAAGGAUAUAUAUGAAUGAUGAUCAUAGCGAAGUACACAUUACUAAUAUACAUGAAUCGGAUGUCGCUGAUUAUUCAUGUUCUGUUGGCAUAAAUGCCAUUUUAUCCAAUUCUAUUCAUUUAGACGUCAAAGACGUUGAAAUAAUAGAAUCAUGUAUGGAUAAAGGUAAUCAAAUUACGUGCAAACUAAUAACAAAAAUUGGAUUAUGCACGAAUCCACGUUACAGUAGUUUUUGUUGCCAUACUUGUUCUCUCUUUCUUUUAUCUAAUAAAUUUACAUAA